CCACUCAUUCAAAUGCAAACGGCAGGGUAUAAAUAGAGAGAUUGCCAACAGCAGGCGAGACUGAAUAAAAAGGAGAUUGUACGCGUACCAGCUGCUAGCAGAAAAAAAACGUGCUUGCGGGUGGGAGGAUUUCCCCUUUUUCUUUUGUGUUCAUUUCAUUUUUUAAAAAAAAUUGGGAAGGCUGUUGUUACCCGAAACAACAUGGCUCCAUCGUGCAAACCCAGCAAACCUGGUUCUCUCAGGGAUGAAGGGGACUAUUACACGGUGAAAGAAGAUCGGAAGACUCGCAAGCCACUGAUCGAGAAAAAGAGGAGAGCCCGCAUUAACGAAAGCUUGCAAGAACUGAGACUGAUCCUGGCGGAUACGGAACUGCAGUCGAAAAUGGAGAAUGCGGAGGUCCUGGAGAUGACCGUGAAACGUGUGCAAAACAUACUUCGCAACAGAAAUGUAGAAACAGACAGGUUUAACCAGGAAGCGAACGAGAGGUUUGCAGCUGGCUACAUCCAGUGCAUGCAUGAGGUGCACACUUUCGUCUCAAACUGCCCCGGGAUCGACUCUGCAGUGGCCGCCGAGUUACUGAACCACCUUUUGGAGUCUAUGCCAUUGAGCGAAGACCACUUUCAGGAUUUACUGGGCGAGUUAAUGGCCGAGACUGGCUCCUCCGGCGUUUGGCCUGGGCCUGAUGAUGUGUGCCAUUUAUUGGCGUCCCCCGGAGGUGGCAUCCAGAACAGUCCCUCAGCACUGUCUCCCUCAUCCACUGCUUCCAGCGAUGACCUGUGCUCCGAUCUGGAUGAAGGGGACUCGCCUGCUGCCGGACAGAGUCCUUUGCUGCAAGAAAAGGUGGAUAACUCUAGGACAGAGAGCACGUCUCCUGUAAUGUAUUCGAAAUCGGUCUGGAGGCCGUGGUAACGGAAUGGAUCCAAGUCAAAUAACAGAGCUACCUAGUUUGAAUGGGACAUCGGUUCUCCUGUUUUAAAAGCCAGUAGCAAGUCAUCACUGCCUUCAAUGAGCAAUACUGAGUGUGUAACAAGUACAGCAAUUAUGUUUAAUAGGGAAAUAAAUACAGUCAAAGAAACUGAACGAAAAUAGCACUGGGAAUAUCACAAAACAAUUGGCCGAUAUCCUAGAUUGAAGGUUAGCUAUUUUAGGUACUGUCAUGCAUUUCUAAUGGAAUUAGCGCCUCCAGAUCAAGAAUUCUUAGGAACAGAAAAAUGAAAGCGCUUCGAUAAAGCACGACGUUUAAAUAAUUUUUUUUACAUUUUGAAGUGCAAAUAUGCUCGUGCACACAUGAAUGAACAUGUAAAACACUCUACUUUUAGUGGUAAAACAAAGUUUUUAAUAUUCCCUUAAAGGGAUUAAUUCGGAGCUAGAAUUAUUGGUAACAGGGUCCACAGUUCCUCCCUUCAGUGAAGGAAGACAGACUGAAUUAGAUUUGUGCAAGACAUAAAGGUUAGAUGUAAAUGUUCUUAUUAAUUCUAGGGAAAUGCCUUUAGGAAACUUGUAUACUUGAUCCCUGUGCAUUUGAGCCCCGUUACAUUGGCAAUGUUAUGCUAGCACAUUAACCUUUUUUUAAUUGUACGUAUAUAUGUCUGUCAUGUAAGUGGAAUUUUGUUAUGUUUUGUCGUUUAAAUA